AUGAUUGAGAAGUCAUUGAUACAUGUUGGGAUCAAGAGUGCGAGGCCUAUAGGGGUAUCACAGGCAGCGAUGGAUGCUUCAAAGACAAACGGAUCAAGCACCGAAGAUAUUCAAGCAAAAUUAGAUAAAAAGUUAGGACCUGAGUACAUUUCUAAGCGAGUUGGAUUUGGGGCGAAUCGAGUGGCAUACAUUGAAGGAUGGAAGGCAAUAAACCUAGCAAACCAAAUUUUUGGGUAUAAUGGUUGGAGCACUGAGGUCAAGAGUAUAACAAUCGAUUUUAUGGAUGAGCGGCAAGGGAAGUUCUGCAUAGGGUGCACAGCGAUCAUCCGCGUCACGCUAAGCGAUGGAACGUUUCGCGAGGAUAUAGGCUAUGGGACGGUGGAGAAUGAACGACGCAAAUCAUCAGCAUUUGAAAGAGCUAAAAAGUCUGCUGUCACAGAUGCACUGAAGCGUAGCUUGCGCGCAUUCGGUAACGCGCUGGGCAACUGUUUAUAUGACAAAUCCUUCCUGGCAAAGAUUGAUAAGGUGAAGUUUGAUCCUCCCGAUUUUGACGAAGGAAACCUAUAUCGCGCGACAGAUGAAUUUGCAGAAAACUCGCGCGCAGGAGACAGCUCGCGCGGCGCACCUACUGGUUUACCGGUUGGCACUCCCAGAAGUGACCACGAGGCGCGCGGCCCACCAUAUAAACGCCGGAACAUCAAUCAAACACCAAAUGUUGUACCGCUACCGGCUCCAGCCCGUGAGCUACAACCACAACACGCUCAGCAGCCUCAACCACCAUCAGACCAAGAUCCCGACGAAUUGCUGGACGAUUCUUUCAUGUUUAGCGACGAGCUCCAAGAUGAUGACAUAAUAGCUGCGGGCGAAGCCCAGCCAACAACGCCCGCUUUAGAUCGUCCUGUUGAAAGCCAUCCUAACCCCCAAGCUCAGGUCCAGACGCCAGUUGCUUUCGUGACGGCCAAAGCAGCCCCAAACCUACAAAAUAAAGCUCCCGUCCCGCCUGGCAGUGUAUUCGACCCCAAGUUUCGCGCCCAGUCUAUCAGGCAUACAGUUGAUCAAACAACUUCCGCCCAUGUUAAAACAAGCGUGCUCCGGGAAAGGGGCCUUCCAAACAACAGAAGUGCUAUUUAUAAUCAGUACGCUCCCAAAGGUAAGUUAAUAGGAGACACCAAUACCGCACAGGACUCGUCAGUGCCUCCUCGGGAGCGCCAGCCUAUUUUACCUGCAGUGGCUUCUACAGCGACGACAACUAACAUCACCCAUCACGAAGCAUCUGCUAAAGAGGUUCAAAAUAAUGGGUACGCCAACGCAGGUCAACCCAAUGGCACUUCAGUACAUGCUGGGAAUGUAAUACCACCUGCAGUGUCUUCGCCUGCGGCGACAGUUAGAUCAGUGGGUAAGCCCAAGGCCCAUCAUCCGAAUGUUAGGAAUCCCUUAUAA